AUCAUAAGCCUGUAAAGAAGCUCCCUGCUUUUUAUAAUAUUUUUGGGGUCUACUUCUGGUUCCUUCAUGGUAUAGAAAUCUCGUAUUUCGUGUUAAAACAAAGUGUUACUUCUUUCCAGUACAAUGCACUAAAUCGCACUCGAAACGUCCGUCAAUCGAUGCUCUUGGUUUUCAAGGUAAAAAAUCAACAAAAUUUGCAUGCAGAAUCUGUCAGAAUGGCCGAAGUUGUGCACGAAUGUCCCAAGCUGAAAGUGAGUUUUCCAGAAGAGAGAAAUGCUCCAACCGUGAAACGUAAAAAGUUAUUGUUUUCCAAUUAUAAUAUUAGAAAGAGGCAACCUUUUGAUACAAGGAAGAAACGGAAAAAUAAAGACAUAUACGUUACUAACAAUACAAACUUUAAGGCACAAUUGAGAAUAUGUGAAAAGGACUUGAGCAACGGUGCAUCAGAAGUGAUUAUUCAUGGCCUUGGUGCUGCUAUAGAAAGAGCAUGCAGGUUGGCUUUACAAUUAAAGGAGAAUCAUUAUAAUACCGUAGAAUUAGAUAUCAAGACUUCUACAGUACCUAUUAUUGAUGAUCUUGAACCUGUUGAUGAUAACGGAGAUUAUGUAACAAUUAAUCGAAACAACUCAGCUGUACAUAUUCGUGUAUUUCGAAAAUUUUCACUAGGUACCCUCAAAUACCAAGAGUGAAGUAUAUCUUUUGAGAAACUGCACAAGACUUGUUAACAAAAACAAUUUAUGACAAAUAGCAAAGGACAACUUAUAAUAUGACAAAUGAAAAUAUAAAAUCAAAUUAAUAA